AUGUCACCGGAGACGACGGAAGUUAGAGUGGAGAUCGGAGCCGUCGGGCGAGGAUGUCACCGAGAUUACAUCUCGCCAAUCCACGCCGUGGUCUGUUGGUGCGCGAGUCUCCGAUGGACGGAGAGAACAGAGCUUAUUGAUUUCGCGAGUUCUCCGAUGGACGGAGAGACCGGAGGCGGCAACUUUCGUGGCGAGAUCAGAGGCAAUCAAGCGAUCCGGCGGAGAAGAUCGAAUGAGUGA